GUUUGGAGGGUCGAAAACUGUCGAAGAAAACUGCAAAAGUCCAUAUUUUUGUAGUCAACUCAACUCCCAUUAAAAGUUAAACCCAGUUGUCCAUCAUCGUUUGUACAAUUAAUAGUCUUCUUUCUCCUUCCCGAUCAAUCAAUGGCGUCUCGAAGUUUCAUCUUAUGGCUACACGGUUUAGGUGACUCUGGUCCAGCCAAUGAAUCAAUCCAUCAUCAAGACCUUCUUCACUUCGCCUCACUUCGCCAACACUCGUUGGUCUUUCCCUUCUGCUCCACCUCAACCUGUUACCUGUAACCGUGGUUUUGUGAUGCCUUCAUCGUUUGACAUUCAGGAGAUGCCAAUAACAGCUAAUUCCCUUAGGGAUGAAAGUUCGUUGCUUAAAGCAGUUCAAAAUGUGCAUUCAGUGAUUGACAAGGAGAUAGCUACUGGAGUUGACCCUAAGAAUGUGUUUAUUUGCGGAUUGAGUCAAGGUGCGUUGACCUUGGGUAGUGUUCUUUUAUAUCCAAAAACUCUUGAUCACACCAGAUGCGAAAAAAGGACUCCGAUAUUGUGGUUUCAUGGUAUGGCUGACAUGACAGUGUUGUUUGAAGCUGGACAAGCGGGCCCACCAUUCCUUCAACGAGCAGGCAUAAACUGUGAAUUUAAGGUAUAUCCCGAUCUUGGCCAUUCAAUAAGUGAUGAGGAGCUUCAACACAUGGAAUCAUGGAUCAUAUCCCGUCUACAAAGUUCUGCCUGAAGGUUUGACUAUCAUUGACUUUUCAAUUGUAUACAUCCCUAUAUAGAUGCAUAAAAUUUUAUAACCACAU